AUGUUUGAAGAUGUCUUUGGUGUUAAAAUUGAAUUUCUUAGAGUGGAGUUUGUUGGAGGCCCUAUGUGUUGGAACACUCGCACAUUUUCUGCAGCUGCUGGUGGAGGUGCAUUUUGUAAUGGGCAAAAAAUUCAUGUUAGUCAAACAGACAAGGUGGAGCAAUCUCUACUAGUAACAGGGUUUGGGUAUGAACAUGAUGAAGCAUGGGCUACCAACAUAGAGUUAUUUAAAGAAUUUACUGACACAAGCCGGGUGGAGCAAUCUCUACUAGUAACAGGGUUUGGGUAUGAACAUGAUGAAGCAUGGGCUACCAACAUAGAGUUAUUUAAAGAAUUUACUGACACAAGCCGGGGUGUGAGAAGGCUUGGUGCUGCUGCAGUGGACAUGUGCCAUGUUGCUCUGGGGAUUGUAGAAGCAUAUUGGGAAUACCGUCUAAAACCAUGGGAUAUGGCUGCUAGUGUUUUGAUGGUUGAAGAGGCAGGCGGUACGGUUUCUUGCAUGGAUGGCAGGAGUUUUUGUGUAUUUGAUAGAUCUGUCUUGGUAUCCAAUGGUGUGCUACAUGCCAAGGUCAGUUUGUACUCUUAG